UGGACCAAUAGGAAGAUCCGAAUCUACUUAUCAGAACAUUCCAACUUUAUAAAAAUAAAAAUUCUUGGAAUAAUUCCAAGCAUCAAACUCACCCUUAAAAAUAACUCACCCUCUUCUACCAUUCAAUUGCCCAAAAACAACAAAUUUGGACCAAGAACAAAUCUUUUUUACUACCUUUCAAAAACCCACAAAAUUUAUAAAAAUUUAAACGUUAGGUAUUGCUCAAAAUUCAAAAUUUUGAUCAAAAAAUUUCCAAGAUUUCAUCUUUUUUACUCCCAUUUUCCGGCGGUCGGAAGAAAUUCGACCGUUGGAUCAAGUUAAGUUGUGAGAAAUUAUUGUUCUUUGUUUGGGUAUACUUAAUUUCUGACAUGGUGAUGUCUGUAAUUUCACCAAAAAGAUCAUCUUCACUGAGCUCUGUAUUUUCAAAAGUUGGAGGUUAUUACAGUAGCAAAAGGUGUUCUUCAUCUUUUUACCCUUCUUCUUCGGUGAUUUCUUCAUCUUCUUCAAUGGAUAUUGAUGAAAUGGAAGAAGAUGAAGAUGGCUCAACAAUGGAGAUGGUUCAAAUUGGAGCUUAUCGUACAAAGAAUGUGUUGAUCUUGAUGAGUGAUACUGGUGGGGGCCACAGGGCUUCUGCUGAAGCUAUUAGAGAUACUUUUAAAUUGGAGUUUGGUGAUGAAUAUAAUAUAAUUAUAAAGGAUGUAUGGAAAGAAUAUACUGGAUGGCCAUUGAAUGACAUGGAAAGACAGUACAAAUUCAUGGUGAAGCAUGUUCAACUUUGGAACCUUGCAUUUCACAGUACUUCACCUAAAUGGAUUCACUCCAUGUACCUUGCUGCAAUCGCCGCCUUCUAUGCCAAGGAAGUAGAGGCUGGUUUAAUGGAAUACAAGCCGGAUAUAAUAAUUAGUGUUCAUCCUCUUAUGCAACAUAUUCCCUUGUGGGUUUUGAAAUGGCAAGGACUACAGAAGAAAGUGAUCUUUGUAACUGUUAUUACUGAUCUCAACUCGUGUCAUCGAACUUGGUUUCAUCCUGGAGUCAAUAGAUGCUAUUGUCCCUCAGAGGAGGUUGCAAAAAGGGCUUCAUUAGACGGCCUUGAUGACUCUCAAAUCCGAGUUUUUGGCUUGCCUGUUAGGCCUUCUUUUGCUCGUGCAAUUCUCUCAAAGGAUGACUUGAGAGUAGAGCUUGAGAUGGACCCAAAUUUGCCCGCGGUUCUACUAAUGGGAGGUGGUGAAGGGAUGGGUCCUGUACAAAAGACUGCCAAGGCUCUUGGAGAGUCCUUGUUCGAUAAACAACUUGGGAAACCCAUCGGUCAAUUGAUCAUUAUAUGUGGCCGUAAUAGGUCCUUAGCUUCUACUCUUGAAUCGUUGGAAUGGAAAAUCCCGGUCAAGGUUAGAGGGUUUGAGAAACAGAUGGAGAAGUGGAUGGGAGCUUGUGAUUGCAUUAUAACAAAGGCAGGACCAGGGACGAUAGCAGAGGCAAUGAUCAGGGGUCUUCCAAUCAUUCUUAAUGAUUACAUUCCCGGACAAGAGAAAGGCAAUGUACCGUAUGUAGUAGAGACUGGUGCGGGUGUAUUCACGCGUAGUCCUAAAGAAACAGCAAGAAUAGUCGCAGAAUGGUUCAGCACCAAGCGCGAUGAGCUUAAGAAGAUGUCGGAAAAUGCCCUGAAGUUGGCGAAACCAGAGGCUGUGUUUGAGAUUGUUAGGGAUCUACAUGAACUAGCAGACCAACGAGGGCCGUUAGCUAACUUGCCUUACAUGCUGACUUCCUCAUUUACAAGUCUAAUUUAAUUUCAUUUUAGUGUGUUAAUCAUCAUUAUUAUCAUCUAUUAGAUUAAAAUGGUUCAAUUAUUUGUUUUUUUGGUAGGAAGAAGUCCCUUGUACAGCUAGUUUUUUGUAUUCUUUGGGCCCUCAAAAUCAAUCUGUAAAAAAAAUUGAAAACAAAAAAAAAUUUCCAAUUUCAUGAAGAUUAGUUAGAGAAAAUCUGAUUCCAAUUAAGGAUAAAAGUCUUGAUGUCCUAAAUGGUUGAAGAUUAUAGGUUGUUUUAGUAGAUGGAUUGUGACAUGGGCAGUUAUUUAUUUUUAAUUUUCAUUAAAUUUUUAUGUUGAUUUUUCUAGUUAUUUGGGAUUUUGUAAAAGUAAUUAAGAGAGUAUUGUAUUGAAUUGAAGUUUGGCCUAUUUUAACAUUAUUGUUUAUUUCUCCUUUUUUUUCA